CGGUGAAUCUUAGUGCACUUUGAUAUGAUUGACAUAAAAAGGUUUAAUUUUAGCGUUUUAAAAAGGUUAAAUUUUAGUGCACGCGGUUGGUGUUGUUUCAUGGUGAGAAAUGUUCACGCGCCGCCUAACCUUAUAAGGAUAUGAUAUUACUGCUAUAGUCAUUCGUGCGGUUAUUCCACCCUUUAAUAGUGCUUUAUAAUAGUAUCUCGUUGCUUCAUUUUUCGUUUUUUUUUUAAACAUGCAACCACAAAUUAUUCUUCUGAAAGAAGGAACAGAUUCAUCACAAGGCAAGCCUCAGUUGAUUUCCAACAUAAAUGCCUGUCAAACUGUAGCAGAAGCUGUUCGUACAACUUUGGGUCCUCGUGGCAUGGACAAACUGAUUGUUGAUAACCAUGGCAAAGGUACAAUUUCCAAUGAUGGCGCAACAAUACUGAAGCUCUUAGAUAUAGUUCAUCCAGCAGCCAAAACUCUAGUGGACAUCGCUAAAUCACAAGAUGCUGAGAUUGGUGAUGGUACAACUAGUGUGGUGCUCCUUGCAGCAGAGUUUUUGAAACAAGUAAAGCCUUUUAUUGAAGAAGGAGUUCACCCCAGAAUUAUCAUCAAAGCAUUCAGGAAAGCUAUUCACUUGGCCACUGAAAAAAUUGAUCAAUUGAGCAUUAAGAUCAAAAAGACUAGCCAAGAGGAGACUCGUAUUACCUUGGAAGAAUGUGCUGCUACAGCAUUGAACUCAAAACUGAUUCACCAACAGAGAAAAUUCUUUAGCAAAAUGGUUGUUGAUGCAGUACUUAUGUUGGACGAACUACUACCACUUAAUAUGAUUGGUAUCAAAAAGGUUUCUGGUGGAGCUUUGGAAGACUCGAUGCUGGUUGCAGGCGUAGCAUUCAAAAAGACCUUCUCAUAUGCCGGAUUCGAGAUGCAGCCAAAAACUUAUUCUCCUUGCAAAAUCGCUCUUCUCAACAUCGAGCUUGAGCUCAAAGCUGAGCGUGAUAACGCAGAAGUGCGCGUGGAUAACGUAGCCGAGUAUCAAAAAAUCGUCGACGCGGAAUGGAAAAUUUUGUACGACAAGCUGGAGAAGAUCCACAAAAGCGGUGCCAAUGUUGUUCUUUCCAAACUGCCAAUUGGUGACGUAGCAACGCAAUAUUUCGCCGACAGAGAUAUGUUCUGCGCUGGUCGCGUCGUCGAGGAAGAUCUUAAACGUACUAUGAAAGCUUGCGGUGGUGCUGUUAUUACAACUGCCAAUGACGUGAACGAGAAGGUGCUGGGUCACUGCGAGAAAUUCGAAGAAAAGCAAAUCGGUGGUGAGAGAUUCAACUUUUUCUCCGGAUGCCCCAAUGCCAAGACCUGCACUUUCAUUCUUCGUGGUGGUGCCGAUCAGUUUUUGGAAGAAACCGAAAGAUCAUUGCACGACGCUAUUAUGAUUGUAAGGCGUAUGAUUAAGAAUGACGCUGUUGUUGCUGGUGGAGGUGCCAUCGAAAUGGAACUUUCACGCACUUUAAGGGAUUAUUCUCGCACGAUCGCUGGUAAAGAGCAGCUUAUUAUUGGAGCUAUCGCUAGGGCUCUUGAGGUUAUUCCAAGGCAAUUGUGUGACAACGCUGGUUUCGACGCAACGAACAUUUUGAACAAGCUGCGUCAAAAGCACCACACAGGCAAGUGUUGGUACGGUGUGGACAUCAAUUCCGAGGACAUCGUCGACAACUACGAGCAUUGCGUUUGGGAGCCAGCGAUUGUCAAGAUGAAUGCAUUGACUGCCGCGUGCGAAGCUGCAUGCCUCAUUCUAUCCGUCGACGAGACAAUUAAGAGCCCUAAGAGCGGUGGUGGUGAUGCAUCGCAGAUGCCUGGCAGAGGAAUGGGAAGGCCUAUGUAAAUCGACGACGAUGUUGCUUCUCCUUUAUUUCAUAACCCGCUUAUCGCCUUAUUUGUAUUAUUACUAUCCUUGGAAUAAAAAGUGAAGAGAUUUUUUUUUGAUAAUGGACGUAUGCUGUGUUGGUGUUUGUCUUGAUGGCUUAUUAUUGAUGAUGCGAACGCGCGAAGCUGAUUAACGAGUGCGUAGUUUGUUUUGACAUCAAAAGCGCGCGUUUUGAUUUUUUUCUUCCAUUUCCAUUUUCUUACAUUGUAGUAUGACUUAUAUAUGAAUCGGAUUUGGUUUUGUUGAUAUUGUUGCUCAUUGUCAUUCUUUAAUGACGAAGAUGUUUGCUAAAUGGAUUUUGGAUACCUUAAGAACUUAUUCCCGUGUACAUAUGCCAAUUUCUUUACCUUUUUUUUUUGCUCUUUAUUACAGCUUUCCUGAGAAUUUCAAUAUUUCAUUGAAUGGUGUGUGUAUUUUGCUGCCUACUACUGAUCGAUCAAAGCGACUGAUUCUCAUGUUAUUUUCAUCAGUUUGAUCAAUUGUUAAAUAUUCCAUUGCACUCAAAUUAAAAAUUUCGCGCUUCUUAUUUGUGCCAUAAAUGUCGAAGAGUAUAAUACAUCGAUGUCAAUGAAGUUUAACGCUU